CGCCCCUGCGUCCAGGACCGUCCCGCCCGAGUCCGGAUCGGCCCGCAGCCUCUAAACUAAGCUGCCGUUAUGGCGAUGGACUAGCCGUAAGAGGCUUAAACCGAGCAUAAAGCCCCGGCCCCCUCUGGUGGCCAGGAGGAGUCACAUGGCAUCUCGUCUGCUGGACCGACUGAAACGCUCUCUUUUCAAAGACAGUCAGGGGGUAGGGCCUGACCCAACUGGAAGUGGGGCAGAACGAGAGGGUUUUCACGAGGAUUGCUGGGAGGCGGAGCUGGAGGAGGAGGAGGAGUGUGUGACUGACCGGCUAGGGGGCACAUUGUGCUUCGAUGGAGGAGGAUUGGAGGAAGGAGGGGAAGGGGAGGGUUCAGGGAUGGACAGCGACUCUGACUUCCUUGGAGAGUCCAUGGAGGAGGGGCUUAGCAGCACCGAAACCAGUCCAGUGGCUGUUUCUCACUUAAGUCCCUCCUCCCUGCUGGCCCGGCAACUUCAGGAGAGCUGGAGGAGCCUGAGAGGUGGAGGAGGCCAAGCCCCCCCUAGCAGGCAGCAGAUGGACAGCCUGCUGUUCGAGGUGACCGAUGCUAGCGUGGUGCAGGAAGGCUCCUCGAAGUAUGUGCUGUACACCAUUCAUGUGAUCCAGUCAGGUGGUAGUGAUAAGACUCCAGCCAUCAUCACACGCCGUUAUUCAGACUUUCGGCGGCUCCACGCCACACUGCGCCGUAACCACGGAGUCCAGAUGGAGCGUGUUUGUUUUCCACGGAAAAAGCUGCACAGGAACUUCACCGCAGAGACCAUCGCUAAGCGGAGCCGGGCCUUUGAGCAGUACUUGUCUCACCUGUGUUCCCUGUCUGCCCUGAGGGAGGCACUGUGUGUCAGACACUUCUUCUAUCUGGCAGACCUGCAGUCAGGGCAGCUGCUUAUCAGGGUGGGCCAAUACCAGGAGGCUUUGGGACCACUGCUCAAUGGCAAGAGACUCCAACACAAGCUAGGCUGGGCAAGUAACCAUGGCAACCAGGGUCAGUCCCUGCCCCCGGCCGCCGCCCACUGGUUCUUCACCUUGGUCGCAUUGUCGUGCUGUUUCCAGGAAGUGGAACAGCUGGAGGAGGCUCAGGAGCACUGUGACCAUGCCCUCCAUAUUUUAGCCCCACCCCCAACCCAGCUUACAUCCACAGAGACCAGUAAUAAGACUGAGGAUAAACCCCACCCAUUAAAGGACAUGCCACCACUGUGUCUAGAUAAACCCCACCCACUCCUGGUCCCGUUGCUACGGGUGAUGGUGCGGUUGUCGUGGCAAACAGGAAGAGACAAGCGCCAUUGGGAGGAGCUUCUACAGCAGCUGGAAGAGCAGUGGACAGGGCUAGACAAUCAACCAACCAUCAAAGAAUUCCUGGUCAAGCACAACCUGAAGGACAAUGAAGUGGAGAGCUAGGAUGCACGCAUGCACACGUAGGAUGCACGCAUGCACACGCACGCAUGCACACGCACGCACACACACACACACACACACACACACACACACACACACACACACACACUUACACAGACAUGCAUAUACACAUUUGCUGCAGAAAACAAUCACUAUGCAUUAAGACUUGUACUUUUAAGCUUAUACAGCUACUAUGUAUUCUAUACUGUACACUAAAAUGGCUUCAACCUUGCCUAGCUGUACUGCAUGCUAUCACACUUAAGAAGGGAGGUUUUUCAUCAUGCUGUAUGUCUAUAGAUACAUUUUCCACUCUGAUUGGCUAACGCUGGUAGUGACACAGCUUGUCCAUGGGCGGUUUGUUGCUUCAGUGUUGCUAAUGAGAAAGGAAGUAUGAUUUUUGAACAUUUUUAAUCCAUGUUUCAAAAACAGUUCACAGCAAACUGAUGCUGCUUUUAACCGCUUAAUGUUUUAAAUGUUGAGUGGAUGUGGUUAUGAUGUAGAUGAGGGUCAGAGUGGUUUAAGGGACCACAGAUGGAGAAUAGGGACGAAAGCAGACAAACACUAAGGCCUGAUUCACACACAGCUGGAGAUAUGUCAUGUUUAACCCUUCAUGGCACACAUUGGGUCUUAUCAAGGUUUAUUGUGGUGACCAUAGAAUCAGGAUGAAUAUUAAAAAAACAAAAAAGGGGGGCGUCCGGGUAGCAUAGCGGUCUAUUCCGUUGCCUACCAACACGGCGCUCGCUGGUUCGAAUCCUUGUGUUACCUCCGGCUUGGUCGGGCGUCCCUACAGACACAAUGGCCGUGUCUGUGGGUAUGUGUCCUAGUUGCUGCACUAGCGCCUCCUCUGGUCGGUCGGGGCACCUGUUCGGUGGGGAGGGGUAACUGGGGGUAAUAGCGUGAUCCUUCCAUGUGCUACGUCCCCUUGGCGAAACUCCUCACUGUCAGAUGAAAAGAAGCGGCUGGCGACUCCACAUGUGUCGGAGGAGGCAUGUGGUAGUCUGCAGCCCUCCCCGGAUCGGCACAGGCGGUGGAGCAGCGACUGGGAUGGCUCUGAAGAGUGGGGUAAUUGGCCAGAUACAACUGGGGAGAAAAGGGGGGCAACACCGAGGAGGAUUUGUAAAUAGCAAUCUGUGAAGGUGAGAGAGGAAUUAAAACAAACCCAGGUAUCCAGUGAAACAAAAUAAAAGCUCAGGAAGAAGAGCCGGCCGGGCACAGCUGGACAGAAGUGACAGCAGCAGAAAGGAGAGUUGGACGACUAGGGUUCAUGACAUACAGUUCAGUUGAAACAGUGCGGCUAUAGGGAAAACUAAUGUAAUUAUUUUAGUUAAUUUAGCGGAGAGCUUUGACUGUGAACUAGGUUUAAAUCCAACUUCAUAAAAUCUGCUGAGAAGAUCGGACAUGUGACAUGAAGAGAUUCCAGUCAGCUCCUAUGUGUGAAUCAAGCCAUUAGAAAGGGACGAGAAACGAUCAUCUGACAGAGGUACAGAGUGAUCAGAAUUGUUUACCAGUUUUAGGGGUGGGCGGGAACGGCAGUAGAUCAUAAACGGAUGAGGAUGUAGAGGUGAAGCAGGAGUGGUUUACGAAUUCAUCUAACGCUUGACAUUAAUCACUAAGCACAGCCCACACCAAGCACUAGACGGACACAGUAGAUGUGUCAUACUGGGCACUCCUUUCACAUGCAUGAUGUACUGAUAUUACCAUGGCGUCGUGUUCUGCGUUUUGGGUGGCUUCUUUCCGUGCUCGGUGUUCACUGAGAAGACCAGCGGUCGAGCGACAGCUGAGAGCAGUUGACGCUCGCUUUAUUUAUUUUACUUCAUGAAUCAAACUUUGUUUUGUAGCACAUUUUGAAUAUAAAGAUGCAAUAAGAUGCGCUUUGCAUGAGAGCAGUUUAACAAUAUAUUAAAAAAGAAUGCAAAAAAAAAAGAUGAGAAGGAGUUACCUGUACAUAGGAUGAGACAGUGUAGAAGUUAAACACAAAGGCCAAGUGUGUGUAUGUAUAUGUAUGAGUAUGUGUGAGUGCAGAGUGUGCAGUUUUGGGGCGAGAUAUAGGCAUGGGCUGGGGUGUGUGUGCGUGCGCGCGCGCGUGUGUGUGUGUGUGUGUGUGUGUAUUGAUGGGUAGUGGGGUCAAUAUAGUUUACAGUUCUCGCUUUAGAAGUGAAAAUCCAAUCGGCUCUGCCACGGCUCCUCUUCUGUCUUCUCUUUCAGCCAACAGUCUGAUUGGUCGAAAAGGCUGUCAGUGUGAUUGAUGCACUUAAACGUUUAAAUUGACUUCUGGGGGCCUGUUCAAAAUUGAAUUCUGAUACCGCUGCUUGCCAUUUUGGCAGCAGGUAGCUCACUUUUUGUUCAGUCACUCUUCUCUGUUCUAAAACGUAAUUUGGCUGCUGAGGAUUUUAAAUUGGCUGGUGAGAAUGUUAAUUGGAUGGACUGCCGUCGUGUGGCGUCCUAUUCAUUACAAUAUCGAGUACUGCGUGGGUCAUUUAAAGGGAACUAGACAAAUCGCAUUCAGGAUUAGAAUCAUGUUUUUUGGCCAUGUAGGUUUGCACAUACAAGGAAUGUGAUUCCGGUUUUGUUGCUCUCUCGGUGUAUUUAGAAUAGAAUAACAACACGACAACACAACAAUCUUCAGAUAUAUACACAAGGAUUGACCGUGUUUGUACUCUUAGGCUGGGUGCACACUAGAGGACGGUUGGGCAAAUUUUCCUCUUAAUUUGCAAAACCUGACAAUCUGAGAUGGAACGCCGUUCUUCGGCUUGCCUUUGGACCGGCAGUUGAGAGAUUAUCUGGUGGUAUGCGGGGGUACACAGAUUGUCUUAACCACCCCAUCAGCUUGCCCAAUGAUUUGGGACGACAGGAUGUUAUCAACCAUGUCUGAUACUUAUGACACCAUCUGCUGGGGUCCUGCAGUAUGUGAUGGUCAGUGACUCCUCAUUACGUGUCUUAUGCUCUGGGUUUUCCAAACCAGGCAUGAUUGUACAAGUCCUCUGAUGUGCAUCUCGCUUCAGACCAGGGAAUAUCUUUCUUUCUUUUUUUUUCCUAGUGCCUGUUUGCACAAAUUCACUGACAUGUGAAAACCUUUUUGACCCAGAUGUUGUGAUGAUAAAUCAAGGAACCAGUCAAUUAAUCAGACUUUUAUUUAUCUGUUACAUUUUGUACAUUGAAACCCAAUGCAACACAAUGUAUAUGAAAGCAUGUUAAAAAUGUGGGGGGAAAAACCCCCAUUUGACUUCAUAUUUUGUACUUGAACUGGAGGGCUUAUUCUAUGAUCCCUUCUAGGCUGAGAGAGGUUUCAUAUUCUCUCGGGAACUUUGUCAGAACCAACUACGAAAACAGACCUUAUGUCCAUUAUCAAAUUCCAUUUUUGUGUACAACAUGAUUUCCUACAAACGCCAUCUGUUCUUUAAUUCACAAAUUUGUUUCAUUGUAAAAACUCAACCAGGAAUCUUCUCGCCUUAGUUUUGAGUUUUCUCAUGUCAGGUAAUGCGGUCGUAGUUAGUUAUAUCAGUGUCUUAUGAAACGCAAAUAACUGUAGGAUUACAGGUCUCCGAGACAGCGGGUGUGUCUGUAUCAAUGCCAGAUGUGGCUUCCCAUCUGAGAAUUUCGCUUUUAAAAUGUGACACUUUUAAAUACAGCUGUAUGUACUCGUUGAUGUGCUCGAUUUCUACUCCCACCACAGAUCAGAGUUGGUUGGGUUUACAUCUGGCACGCACAGGGCUCUCAAAUCCAAAUUAUGUAAAAAUAUGAUUUAGCCGGAUUAAAUUUAUACCCGACCUCUGAAUAUUUCUUGAAAUACAUGAGAAAACAAUGGUAUAUUACUUUCCACAGGGGAAAAAACCCUAGCGUGUCACUUCCUCUCAUGGCGUCUACACCCAGUCAGUCUGCCCAUUCAGUGUGGAAUGUCAGAUGAAUUGUAUCGGCACAUUAGCUGUUGUUUCAUGGUCCCAAAUAUAUUUUGUGGAAUAAAUUUUUUUAAACACCAAUUGUCUCCUUCCAUUUUCCUGUGUGACCUUCGGUGGGACCUAGAAGAUUCCCUUUCCCCUGAAAUAUAAAUUCCCUACUCGUAUGUAAAUAUAUUUAUUUAUUAAAACGUUCAAGUCAGGCGGCCCGGU